AUGAAGGCAUUUGGACGCUGGGCGUGCGCAGCUGCGGCGCUUCUCAUCAGUGGGGCAGCGGCGGCGAGUUACGACGAUAUCCCAGAGAUUGAGGUCUACGGGCAGCACUUCUUCUACACAAACAAUGGCUCGCAAUUCUACCUCAAGGGCGUCGCAUACCAGCAGAACUAUCAGCCAAAUGGCACCGCCGGUGCCGACACGACAUACACGGAUCCGCUCGCUGACAGCAAUGCUUGCAAACGUGACAUCCCGUUGAUGCAGCAGAUCUUCACCAAUGUCAUCCGCGUGUAUGCGAUCGAUCCGACCAAGAACCACGAUGACUGCAUGUCGCAGCUGGCGAGCGCGGGCAUCUACGUGAUUGCCGACCUGGGCGAGCCUUCGACGUCCAUCAUCUCCGACGACCCGGAGUGGGAUGUCACGCUCUACAAGCGAUACACGGGCGUGGUAGACGCCCUGUCAAAGUACAAGAACGUCAUUGGCUUCUUUGCUGGAAACGAGAACGUCAGUGCGAACAAUCAGACGGCUGCGGCCGCAUUUGUCAAGGCUGCAGUCCGCGACACCAAGGCCUACAUUGCCAAUCAGAACUACCGCAAGACGCUGGGCGUGGGCUAUGCGACGGCCGAUGUGCCCAGUCGCAAUGAGCUCGCGCAUUACUUUGCCUGCGAGCCCGGCAACGAGGGCAACAAGACGUCGAUCGACUUCUGGGGCUACAACGUCUACUCGUGGUGCGGCGACAGCAACUACGCGACAUCGUCGUAUGGCGAGCGCGUCGACUUCUUCUCCGACUACCCCGUCCCCGUCUUCUUUGCAGAGUACGGCUGCAUCAAGGGCCUGUCCGACCCGACCAGCCGUCCCUUCACCGAAGUCGAGGUCCUCUACGGCAACAUGACCAACGUUUUCUCCGGCGGCAUCGUCUACGAGUGGUUCAUGGGCACCAACGACUAUGGGCUCGUAUCCCUCGUCAACAGCGCCACAGCCUCGCCUUACCCAGACUUCACCUCGCUACAGAGCCAGCUCGCCAAAGUCUCACCCACAAUCACCCAGCGCAGCGCAUACACGCCUGCCAACUCCGCGCCCGCCUGUCCCUCUGUAGGUGGUUCCUGGGCCGCGCAAGCCUCCCCGCUUCCUCCCCCAGUCAACCCGCAGCUCUGCCAAUGCAUGGUCGCGGGCCUGCAAUGCAACAUCAAGUCCACCGACGAGGACUCGUACAAGGACACGUUCGACUACAUCUGCGCCGCCAACAGCAAGUACUGCGACGGCAUCGCGCGCAACGCCACGACCGGCAAAUUCGGCGGCUACUCGGGCUGCGAUCCCAAAGACCAGCUCGCUUUCGUUGCCAACCAGUAUUAUCUGGGCCAGAACAAGGCGAGCAGCGCAUGUAGCUUUGGCGGCAAGGCGACGGUGCAGAGUGCGCAGACGGCGAGCAGUUGCGUGGCGCUGCUGAGUGCGGUGGGAAGUAAUGGCAGCGGAACGCCACCGACUGCGACGGGCAAGGGUGGUGGUGGUACUGCAGGCGCGAGUUCGGGGUCGAAGGGCGCGGCGAGCAGUGUGCAUGCGCCCGUGUUCUUUGCACAUGGCGGUGUUGUCAUGGGUGCGUGGAUUGCGGUUGCGGUGGGCAGUUUGGUCGGGAUGCUUGUCCUCUAG